AUGUUCCUCGACGUCGAUGGCCGUGCUGAGAGCAAGAAGUUCGGUCAGUGCGUGCGGUCAUUGUCUGUGGAAGUCUGCAAGGUCCCAGCUGUGGUCGAGCAACUUACAAGCCUAUACGAUCGUAGUUCGCCAUAUGGUCCUAUCCAGAUCGGGAGAGGAGGAGCAAGUAGAGGCCGCAAAGGCAGUGGGAGGUUCGAGUGCGCUGGUAUAGACGGAACUUGGUCGGCAAUGGUAGUGGCCUUCAAUGGAAGAGACCGGCGUCCCUGCGGGUGGCGAUUGAAGAGGCUGUGGCUCUACUAUAACCACAUGGGUAGAGACGAGACCACCGUCCGCAGGGAAGUGAUCGUGGCUGACAUCGCAAAGGUCGUGGAGGAGGUCGAUGGGUCGUAG